AUGGAUGAAAAAAUAGAAUUAUUAAUAAAUAUAAUAAAAAAAUGGACGAAUAAGUAUGCAUAUAAAAUAUAUGUUAAAGGAAAGAAUGAGGAGAAACAAGAGCACUAUUAUAAUGUUACUUUUUUUAAUCAAAAAGAAAAAGAAUCUAUUUCAAAGUGUACAAUAAAUACAUACUUUGUCAUAACAGAGAUAAAUAUAAUAGACAUAAAAAAUUUUUGUACUUCUAUUCAAAAUGAGAACAAAUAUUAUGUUACUUUUAAUUUCGAAAAUGAAAGCUUAAUGAGAACUACAGAUAUGAACUUGGACUAUGAAGCUUGGAUAGAUAAAUUAAUUAAAGAUAAAGAGAAAUUAAGGAACAAUAUAGAACUAUCAUCAGAAUUUAUGAAAUCAAGAUUUAUUAAACCUCUUGAUGAGAAGAGUGUUGGUUCGAUUUUAGAUAAAAUAAAAGAGGAACGAGAAAACACUGAAAAAAAAGAGAAAGAGGAGGAAGAAGAAAAGAAACAAAAUGCUUUAAAAAAGAAAAACCUAAAAUACUCAAAGAAGGCAAACAUAUUAGAAAAGAAAUCAUCUUAUGAAGACACAUAUGCUGUAGAAAAAAUAAAUUCACAAACAGAUUUCAAUAUUAACAAUGGCAAUAAUGAAUUAAAAAAUGGAAGCACAAAAAAUGAUGAGAAUAAUAAAUUGAAUGAAGCACGUUCAUUUUUAAAAAAUAUUUUAUAUUUUUAUUUUACAGAUAUAGAUAUAAAGAAAAAAGGAAAACUGAAAUACAAUAAUUAUAUUGAAAUAUUAAAAAUGGUAAAUUACAAAAUGUGUAUCAGCUAUAAACAUAUGCAUAAAACUACUUCAAUGGAAUGUGAAGAAAAUGAUCAAGAAAAUAAAAACGAAACGGAAGACAAUAGAAAAAAUGAAAAAACAGAAAAUUUUCAAUAUGAACAUUUUAAAGGACCAUUUCUUUUUGAUUCAGAUGAAGGCAUAUAUUCAAGUACAGAUCAUAAUUCAAGUGAUGAAUAUUCAUUUAAUGAUAAUAAGGAUAUAAAGAAAAAACAAAUAUUAAUUAAAGAUGAAAAAAAAUAUCUUCUGAAUUUAUUUAGUAUUAAUAAUAAAGAGAUCGAUUUAAUUAAAGACAUUAGUAUAUAUAAAAAUAACAAUUUUAAUGGAAGUAAUAUAUUUUUUAAUGAAUAUAAUAAGGAUGAUAUAUAUUCAGAAUUAUUUAUAUUUAAUAAUGACAACGAAUAUUAUAAAUAUGUGUUUACUGAUAAUUAUUAUGAUUUGUUAUUAUAUAUAUCAUAUGCUGAUGAAGAUGAUCGUGGAUGUAUAUUUUAUAAUAAUUAUAUUAACAAUUUGACACAAUAUUUAUAUGAGUUAAAAAAAAAUAGAGAAGAACAUUUCCAUAUAUUUAAUUUGAAUGAUUUAUAUUUAUAUAAACAAUUAUUAUACACAUGUUAUGAAAAUGAAUUAAGUUUUAUAUAUCAAACUUUUUUAGUUCAGUUUAAAAAAUUUGAUACAAGUGAUAGUGGAUAUAUACAUAGAAAUCAUUUGAAAUUUAUUCUACAAGAAAAUGAUCACAUAAUAUCGAGACAAGAGUAUAAACUGUUAAUGCAUAUUUUUGAUUGUAAUGAUGAUAAUUAUGUUUACUAUAACAAUUUUAAGGAAGUUAUUCUAAGAUUACGAUUUGAGGGAAUAAAAAAUAGCAUAUUUGAAAAAGAUAAAAAGCUACUUCAAAAAUAUUUAUGUGAACAACUAAUAAAAAACAACUUGAAAAAUAAAAAAAAAAUACAUAUAUUUGAUUGUAAAAAUGUUCUUGAUUUUUGUGAUAAAUUAUAUCUAAACAAAAAUGUGAUUCAUAUAAUAUUGUCAUCCCUCAAUUUUGAUGAAAAUUUAGAAUUAGAUGUUACCUUAUUUUUACAAGUAUCUAUUACUAUUAUUAUGAAUAGUAUCAAAUUAGAGAAUAUGCAAAAGAUAUACAAUAUCAUAACAGACGAAAAAGAAAAAAAAAAAGAAUUUCAAAACGGACAAUCGAAUAUUAAUUUUAAAGGAAAAAAGGAUAACAAAAAAAUAGAAAAGACUAAUAUUCCCGCUUUGGAAUUAGUUGAGAGAACAUUGACAAAGUUGUUUAAGGUGUUGGAUGAGAAAAACGAAGAUUAUUUAAAAAUAAACGAUUUUAUUGAAACUCUUUUAGAAUUUAAUAAAAAGAAAAAGAUCAUUGAUAUAAAAGCAAUAUGCAGAUUAAAUAUAAAUGAACUACAAGGAUUCGUAGGAGAAAUAAAUGCUGGUCAACAGAAAAAUACUUUUUUACAUGAACAAAUAAAAGAUAGUACAAAUUAUGAACUAUAUAAAAAAAAAAAAAUUCAUUAUGCAUCUCACAUACAUAAAUGGUGUUCUAAAACCUACCAAAUAAGGUCAUGUGAAUAUUAUAGCUAUUUCCUGAAUUAUCCAAAUGAGCUAAUAGAACUAGACGAUGAAAUAAACAAGAAUUUAUUGUUUUGUGAGGAGAAGAAGGAUUAA